CUUUUGCUUUAUUCUAAAUGUAUGGUGUGAUAAAAUAGGUUAGAGGAAAAGAAACGUGCUAAGGAGAAAAGCUGGUUUUUGUGUAUAUCGCUUUAUAUAAAAAUUUUUAAUUAUAAAAAGAUAUAUAAAGAAAAAAACUAGUUCCAAAAUGUAUCUCAUGUAUUAUUUGAAUGAGAAAGGAGAGCGCGUAUAUACUUUAAAGAAAAUGAAUCCUAAUGGAAAACCUACAUUGUCAGCACAUCCAGCUCGAUUUUCUGUGGAGGACAAAUAUUCAAAAGAAAGGAUUACAAUGAAGAGGAGAUUUGGCCUUCUUUUAACGCAGCAACCACUACCUAGCUUUUAACAUUUAUACAAAUAUAAAAGCAAAUUUUACUGCAGAUGUGGAAUGUAUGUAAAAAUGAGACACUUAUAUACAUACAUAUAGAUUUAAUAAUAUAAUAUGAUUUUAUGCAAACAUAUCUAUAUUGUUAGAAAUAGUUCAUACUUUACAAUAACUUUCUUCAAUGAUACAAUAUAUAAUAAUUCAUACAAAAUAUAGGCAUAUGUAUAUGUAAG